AAUGAAAUAAACGGAUGACGAGUAACGUGAUGGGUGUACGUAGAAUAUAGUCUAUACCAUCAUCAGAGUACAAGACAUUCUACAGUUGUGCUCAACCGAAGACAAUAUUUUUAUUAUUGGAAAAGCUGAAAGGACUUUAAUAAUUUCUACGUCUCAUAAAUACCUGAAUUGUUAUAUCAUCUGUGUGGAAUAAUAACUACAGAAUUCGCUGACAGAUCGAGUCAUAUCUUUAUUGACAUUUUUAAUCAAAUGGACGUCAGAUUUAAUUAACUAAUGAACAACAUCCUGGAAAAAUAAUCCAUAAUUCACUUGAUAAAGAGAUUGGAUUGUUGCAUUUGUCGCCAAAAAUAUAUAUUUAUUUUACAAAUUAUUGUGUGUCUUGUCAAAACUAACCACGUUAUAACUGAAUACUUGCAAGUAUCAUAAACUUUUACUUGCUCGGUAUUACAACAUUUAUUAAUUGCGAAAAACUUUACUAUAGUAACUGAAUAUUGAGAUAAUUAUAUAUAACCAGAGUGCGACGCGUAGCGAGGUGUAAAAAGAGAUAUUUGGAAGGAUUGACAGUAAAAACACGAAGCCGUAUAGUAGCAGGAAGUAGUAAUCCCCUAUGUCUGUUUGUCGGAGUGGAACGUUCGUGAUGAUGGGAGACGAUCAGGGUUGUAAUUCACCUCAAUCCAAUAAUAUAGCAGAUAUGAUAAACAGGAAUAAAUUCUUAGAAGCUAUACCAACCUGUGCCGGAUGUAGUGAUCAGAUAUUUGACAGAUUUAUAUUAAAGGUUUUAGAAAGAUCGUGGCAUUCCAAAUGUUUAAAGUGUGCUGAUUGUAUGAUACAACUCAGUGAUAAAUGUUUUUCUAAAGGUGAUCAAGUUUACUGCAAGGACGACUUCUUCAAGCGAUUUGGAACAAAAUGUGCUGGCUGUGAAAAGGGAAUUCCCCCUACAGAAGUUGUCCGACGUGCCCAGGACAACGUCUACCAUCUCGACUGUUUUGCUUGUUUGAUGUGCAGUGAAAAAUUAAAAACUGGAGAUGAAUUUUAUUUAAUGGAGGACAAGAAACUCGUCUGUAAAGAAGAUUAUGAAACAGCAAAAGCCAGAGGUUUGACUCUUUCAGAAUACGAGAUGGAUUCAUCGAAUAAACGACCAAGGACAACUAUCAACGCUAAGCAGCUUGAAAACUUGAAACGGGCCUACAACGAGAGCGCCAAACCUGCCAGACAUGUUCGCGAACAACUGAGCGCCGAGACCGGACUGGAUAUGAGAGUGGUGCAGGUCUGGUUCCAGAACCGAAGAGCGAAAGAAAAGAGGUUAAAGAAAGAUGCCGGACGAAAUCGAUGGAAUCCUUAUUUUAGACAGGUGAAACGUGAAGAUGAACUGGACAGUUCAUUAAGCGCUGAUGAAAGGUCAGAUGAUGGUAUGACCACAGGGUCAUUUCAAGGUAAUCUGGACGACCUUGAUCAGGGAUCUUUGAAUCAUGGUCGACUAUCGGCUGACCUGUACGGACCAAAUACACCUUUAGAUCAUGAUCUUCAGAUGGUUCAAGGUCAUAAUAACGGAAGUAAUGGAUCGCCACCUAUUGACGGUUGCUGGGGUCCUUUUAAUCAACUUCCGCCAUACAUGGGACGUCAAUCUCCCGGCAUGCCACUGACACAUCCGCAAAUGAUGCCAAUGGAAUCUUUACAAAUGAUGGGAUCUUCUCAAGGACCCCGAAUGAUGUCCAGUGAUGGCGAUGAACAUUCUGGGGGAUUCCCCGAUUACCCACAAUCCUCUUCACAUAAUCACGUGGAAGUGUACUGAUGAAUACUAUCACGUUUAGGGAUUCCUGACAUUACGCGUUGAACUGAGUGACGUGAAAAAACAUGGCGGAACAGGAAGUGAUGCUACGAUAUCAAUGUGUGGAUAGAACUAGUUUUAAAAGCGAGCCAAGAACAUUGAAACCCCGACAAAACUCGAUAUCCUAAUGCGAAUGGCGUGAUUGAAACAAACAUAUCCGUACGUGGUUUGGUGCUAAACGUUGCACGAAUGUGCUUUUACGUCAUCAGUUAGACAGAUCUCACUAUACAUAAAUGACGGAACUGGUGCGUUGACACAUUUUAGUUUAUUCUAUUAUUCAAUGGAUAGAAACAAUAUUUUGUGUGAACUUUAUUUUAAACUUGAUCUCGAAGUCUUAAAACUUUUUGUUAAUUAGAAAAAUGACGUUAAAUGCGACAGGUCUAUGGAUUGUCUCGUCAUGUCCGGUCACAAUCGAAGAUACAUUUUGAAAUGGCAAGUAUGUUCGGGUAAAUACAUGAUAAAGGUCAGCAUACAUGAUCGUAUAAACGAUAAAUCCAGUGUUGAGUUGCAUGCGAUUUGAUACUGUGUCGUAUGCGACAGUGUUUGGGUAUUGUGUCGUGUGGGACGAACCUUGCAGCUGAACACUGAACGAAUACUGCGGUACGUUACUUAAACACCUGUAAAUAAAUAAAAUUAUUUAUUGUAAAUCAAAAAUUAUCCAUAAUAUUGUAUAAAAUCUAUGUUUUUCUUUCUCUUCGUAAUGGUGGAGCUGGGGUUAGGGUCGUAUAUGUUAUAACUUUGAUAUAUCCCAUACGUAAAGAUAAAAUAGACAUGUUACGCCAUCCUUUGUGUUUGGCGUACCACCAUUUCCAAUAAUGUACGGGCAACGUGCCAAACCUACAUUAUGUUUAUACUGGAUGAAAUAUUGGACUCGAGUGACGAUUUCAUCGAAAUGCACGUGCAGUAUAGUGUUUGUAUUUUAAGUAGUUUAAUGGUCUCGAGCAAAGACAUUGCGUAAUAUAUUGAAACAAUACUCGGACUAACGUCCCCGUACAGUAUCAAUAUUUUACUUAAUGGCUCUCACUCGUCCAUUAAACAACACAUAAAGAACUUCGAUGUUCCUAGUAUCUUAAUGGUAUUGAACUUCGGUAUACUUUUCGAGAUUGGGAUAAGGAUCUUCUGAUACUGACUUCUGAUAUUGAACGUUAGUAGGUCUAUCCCCCAGUACUUUUACGAUUGCUUUUACGUCACACGAAUAUGGCCUUAAAACCAUAUAACCUUUGAACUUUGACUAAUAACCUGUGACCCCGGAUGUAAAUUAUUUUGUAUAUAACACAACCUUAAAAUGAAUGAUGAGUAACUCUAGUCAAUAAAACUCUCUCUCUCUCUCUCUCUCUCUCUCUCUCGCUCUCUCUCUCUCUAUCUAUUAGUUUAGGUCUAUAUAUGAUUUUAAUAUUUGUACAUUUACUUCAAGGCGCAACUAGUGUGAUGUGUGAUAUGACACUGCACCAAUGUUGAUAUUACAAGCAAAAGGGCUGACUGAGGCGAGACGGUGUU